AUGAAUCCCCCACUUUUCCCAGCCCUAAAAACCUUGGUCACCUCCGAUAAACAGCCCCCCCGAAAGAUCUUAGUCGACCUUCGACCCCUCUUGGAGAAUGUCAUGGAUCCAUUGGACUCUGGGGGGAAAAAACCAUCGGAGAAGCAGCCUCUGCAGGAGAGGUGUCCUCCUUCUACCUUUGGUGACUCCAGAGAUGGAGGUAGCUUGGAAGGAGGAGGGGAAGAUCAGGCUACUGAAUUACCUGCUCAUUUUCCCAAGGAUCGUGAGAUUCCCAGAGUUCAUCUUUUCUUGCCUCCUAUUGGAGCCUCCAAGCUUUCCCGGAAGAAGAGCAAGAUCUCCAAAAGAACCAUUUGGGCACCUCCGGGAGAAUCAACACAGCUUCGGAAAAUCACCUUGCCCGCCAUCCAGGCUUUCCAACCAGAGCUCCAAGUGCCACUUGUCUUCUCCAAGGCUAACCUCCAGAACCAUGUUCCACUCCAAGAAAAGAGACACGGAGAACCAGGAGGACCAGAAGGAGCUUCUUGGGAGCCGCCCACUGCUUCCUCACCGGAUUUUCAACUUCCCACCCAACUGCUUUUGCAAAAGCUGCAGGAAACUACAACUAGUAGCAACCAUCUGCUGAUUGCAAAAGCCCUGCGUUCUUUGCGGGAAGAGUUGCUGGGGAGCCAUGCAUGUGAAUCAGAUCAAAGGGAGAAACAGAAGGACUUCCUGGAGCUUCCUCGGAUUCAGUCCUGGAAAUAUGGCAAAACAGACAUGGGAGAGAAGGCAUUUUAUGUCACUGAUAUGGAGACAGCCAAGAACAGAUUAAUUAGAUUGAUCAGGAAUCACAACAGCUUUCCUCAAGGCACAGGUGUGUUACAGGUGGCCCCAGGACCUUGAACUGCUACCUUAGAAGAAUCCUGCUGGAUUAAAAAAAAAAACAACCCACUCCUUUCGGGGCUUGGAUUCCCAUAGAAACACAUUCAAAAGCUGGAAAACUAUCACCUGUACCCAGUUCCUGCUAUCAUCAUCAUUUAAUAGCCCCAUAAUCCCUUGUGGUUGUGGAAUCUGGGCAACUGAAUGGAGCCAGCAGUGUUUAAUGGCCGGAUGCCCUUCCUGACGCCAAUCCAGAGCUUUGUUCAGCAGAUAUAUUCUCAGUGUGCCCAGAGACAGAAAUAUUUAACAUAGCAGUUUCUGCUAUGAUGAAAUAUUAAAGUAAUUUGGCUUUGGAUGCGCUUAAUCUGGAAGAAUCAAACCUAAAUUUCAUAGAAUGCUGUGGGGCAGGGUAUGUGUGUGUGUUCCCAAUGAUAGGUAGUCCUCGACAUACGACCACGACUGAGCGCCAAAUUUAGGUUGCUAAGCAAGACAGGUGCUAAAUGAGUUUUGCCCGAGUUUACGAUCUUUCUUGCCACAGUUGUUGACUGAAUCACUGUGGUUGUUCGGUUAGUAACAUGGCAGCGGAGCGAAUCUAGCUUCCCCAUUGAUUUUGCUUGUCAGGAGGUCGCAAAAGGGGGAAUCACGUGACCCUGGGACACUGAAGGUUCCUAAACGCGUUGGCAGUGUCUGAGUUUUGAUCACGUGACCAUGGGGAUGCUGCAAAGGCUGUAAAUAUGAAAAACAGUCAUAAGCAGGGGUGGGCUGCUGGGGGUUCGGGAGAACCUCUAGCUAAGAUUCUGUGCAGUUUGGAAAACCCCUAAAUCCCACUCCUGGCUGGCCCCGCCCACCCCACCCCUCCCAGGAGUCCUCACGUAGCCCAUUUUGGAUGCAGGUAAGUGCAGGGCGCACAUGGAGGCUAGGGGAAGGCAAAAAAUGGGCCUACCAGAAGUUCGGGAAGACCUCCAGAGCUUGGGAAGGCCAUUUUCACCCUCCCGGAUGCUCGAGGGAAGCCUCCGGAGCCCAGGGAAGAGCAAAAACACGCCUGCCGCUGCAGUGCAGGAGGCUGACUAGGCCACACCCAUCAUGGCCACGCCCACCCAGCAAUCAGGCAGGGAACCCCUUGCUAAAAUUUUUGAAACCCAUCCCUGGUCGCAAGUCACUUUUUUCAGGGCUGUUGUAACAUCAGACGGUCACUAAACGAAUGGUUGUAACUCGAGAACUACCUGUACAUAAAACCAGCUGGCCUUUUGAUGGUCCUGGGAUGAACUCAACAGGGGAGACAGGAUUGUAAAAGUGGGGAGGGCAAGCUGGUUUGGUGAUUUCCCCAUUAAACAGUCGUAAUACAUUUUUAAAAAUAUAUUAAGAGUGAACUUGUCUCUAUUCGUUUGCCCAUUUUUCACACAGCUUAUUUUGAUGCGUUUGUUGGGAUUAAAGCUGAAGGUUUUCG